AAUCGCGAUACAAACAGCUGAGCAUUAUUUGCACUGAGACUCAAUGGAAUGUUCACUGUGAUUGGAUUGUCGAUGCCGAAAAACAAAACUGCAAAUAAUCAGUAUACAAAAUGGAAAAAUCGCAAAAUUGGUGUGAGAAGAACGAAUCGAACGAUAGUUCAUUUUAAUGGAUUACAGCACAGAAAGUUCCACAUGGUUUUACCAUUAAAUUUAAUUUCAUUACUUAAUUAUAAAAAGAGUGAAAUAAAAGUGGUUGAUAAAAUAAAAAACGCAAAAUUUCAUAUAUUUAUGUAUUCGUUUUUUCUUGUCGUACAUUUAUUCACUUCCGGAGUUUAACAUCCUCUGUUGCUGUUGUUGCUUAAAAAUGCAAUAAAUGGAGAGUCGACGUUUAUAUUUUGACAAAUGUUCUACGCACGAAAGAUGGAUAGGAUGCAGUUGCUUCCAAUGGAACUUCCAUCAGCCAGUAGUAUUAAUUCGUCUGUCAAUAAAGGAAAAGGUCCUUUUUUGAAACGAUUAACAAUCGGAUUUAUAAUAUUGACCGUUUUAGGUCUUUUGUACGUUCCAGCAUAUCAUUCGGUCCAAAAUCCUCUAUUAGGUGAGCCUCCAACCCCAUGGCUUCUGGGUGGUACGCACUUGGUAUCAUCUAUAGCACAACUUCACGGAUGGGGAGAGAAUACAUCACGCGAUGUGGGAACAUAUAUUUAUCCUGAAAAUAAAACUACAAUUUUAAGUCCAUUAGAAAUUUGCUCACCGUCUCCAUUUUUAAUUAUUGCUGUUUGUUCGGCUGUUUCUAAUGAAAAAGCAAGAUUAGCUAUUAGAGAAACUUGGGCUAAUCGAUAUCAUUCAGAUAUGACGUAUAAUUCUACAGUUAAAGUUGUAUUUAUUCUAGGACAAAGUGACAACGAGACUCUAAAUAAUUCAGUGGCAGAGGAAAGUGAAAAGUACAAUGAUAUAAUUCAAGAAAAAUUUUACGAUACCUACAAUAAUUUAACUUUGAAAUCUGUUGCUCUUUUAAAAUGGGUCACUAGUUAUUGCGAAACCUCGAAAUAUCUUAUGAAAACCGAUGACGAUAUGUUUAUCAAUAUUCCAAAACUUUUGGAAACAUUAAACGCCAGACCGAGGAGUAAUGGAACUCUUAUUGGUUGUUUGAUUUGUGGAGCUAAGCCAAUUUCAGAUCCAAAAAAUAAAUGGUACACGCCAAAAUAUAUGUACUCGGAAAAAACGUAUCCAAAUUAUUUGUCAGGCACCGCAUAUGUGAUGAGUCUCGAUGUUGCCGCAAGACUUUAUAAGCAAGCAUUGAGAACACCAAUUCUUCAUCUUGAAGAUGUUUACAUUACGGGAGUUUGUGCAAAAUGGGCAAAAUUACAACCAGUAAAUCAUCCUGGAUUUAGUUAUGUUCCUAGAAAGUCAGAUGCAUGUGAAUUUAAACGUGUCAUCACAGCUCAUAAAGUAAGUCCUAUCAAUAUGCAUACUGUUUGGAAUAAAUUUAAUGACUUAAAUAUCACUUGCAAUGCAAUUCACAAUAGUUCACAAGAGAAAAAAGUGACUGUUAUUAGAAACAAAAAAAAUAUAAACUCUUUUAUCAUCAAGAAAAAAUUAAAUAAAAUUUCCUAAGAAACAUUCUUUCAAGAAUGAUACUAUAAUAAUAAUAAUAAUAAUAAUAAUAAUAAUAAUAAUAAUAAUUGUUGAAUUUGUCAUAAAUUGGUACAUAUAUAAAAAAGAAAUUAUAAAAUCUAAAAUGAAAAGUAUGACUUAAAGUUGAAUUUGAAAAAUUGAUAAAUACUUUUCAUUUUAUAUUUCUGUAGACAGAAUAAAAAAAAAAAAAAAAUUAGCCUUUGUUCCAGUAAAUAUAACGCGCAACGAAAUGAGGAGGUGAUAUAAUCAAAAAAUAAUAAUUAUUAAAUAAGUACGUACAUUAGUAAAAUUAUCAUAUUAAAGUCUUAAAAAGACUUGAUUGAGAAAAUUACGGGAUAGAACAUUCUCAUUAAUUAUAUUUUAAACAAAUAAUAUUUGACAAAAUUUUAUUUUUAACACGAAUAGAAGAAUUUUAAAUUCAUAAGCAAUAUUAAUUAUUUUUUCAAUGGUUUUUUU